AUGCAAGUCUUGUACAGAUUCCGGUCGGAGAGGGAGUUUGGCAAGAUAGAGACAGAUAGGUCUUCUAUGCCCCUGUGGGAAUUAAAGGCAGAAAUAGCAGCCAAAAGGUACCUUACAUUCCAUGAUUAUCACUUGGUAUUUUACAUGGAGAAUGAAGAGACGCCCAUUACUAAUAACUAUGCAGUUAUAUACAGUAAUAUGAACAUAAUAAUAGAGAGAGUCCCAAAUCACAUAAACUCUGGGUAUAAAGAGGCCUUGGAGAGGGCCAAGCAGCCGGAAGAACAGAUAAAAGUGAAGGAAGAGGCAGGCAGUAUUACCAUGCACAAUAUACACGGGAUAAAGACACCUCCCGAUUCCUAUAUUUGCUUCAGAUGUGGGCAGAAAGGGCACUUUAUACAGAUGUGCCCAACAAAUAGUAAUAAACAAUAUGAUGCGAUGCGAAUAAAGAAGGCAACUGGAAUACCAAAGACAUUUUUAGUUCCUGUGGAGGAGACUUCCCCUACUUCUGUGCUUUUGAAUGAAGAAGGGAAGUUUGUCAGGGCGCAGCCACAGACGAUGGAGUUUUCCAGGAGAUUUAGGUCUUCUGAGGAAAGAUCUAUUCCGCCUGAGUUUAUGUGCCCGCAGUGUAAUAGCUUAAUUGUGGAGGCAGUUAAAAUGAAGUGCAAGCACACAGUUUGCGAGUACUGCGUGUCCGGAAGGUGUCCUGUCUGCAAGAAGAAGUCGUCCAGUGUAUCAAUAGACACAAAAAUGAGAAAGAAAAUAGAGAGUUUCCUGGAGAAUAGCAAGGCAUAG